UGUCCUCAUUUGUGUCUGAGGCAUCCAUGACUUUGGCAACGUUAUGCAACACACAACUCGCCAUAAAGAAUAUUCAGACCUUCUGAGGGCUGUAUUGUAAAAUUCCACCUGACUUAUGCAAACAUCUGAAGUGUAUUUUCAGCAUUCCAAACAUCCUCUCUAUUGGGCUACAGUGCAUGUUUUUGUGAGUUUCUGAUUGAAUGACUAUUCACACACUCUAUUAUAUUAUCUUCAGCCGUGUCUUUAAAGGUUAGCCAUUGUCCCCUAACAGCCACCCCUCCAGGAGGGGGAUUCCCCUAGAAGACUGCAGUCUCUCCUGCGCACUUUGAUGAAGCUGAAGAAGGACAAAAAGUUGAAACAGUUUCAGAGCCAUCUGAGUCAGGAUUGUCCAGAAUGCUUAAAGAGUCUGUCUGAAGAUCCUUCUGUACCGGCUAAGUUUAUGAAGAUGAAGGAAUUGUUCAAGAGUCAUCAAAUUGCUGAUUACCCAGAAUGCACUGAGAGAGAGCCGGAGGAUCCUGAGGCCCUGUACAUAGUUGAGAAGAUGCUGGAGACCUGUGGCAGUGAGAGGUCUCUGAAGAUCACACUCCACAUCCUGAGGAACAUGAAGCAGAAGGAUCUCGCCGACUCACUGGAGAGAGGUGAGCACAAUGAAUCCUUAAAAAGAGCCCAGCAGGCACUGAAAAUGCAUCUGAAGCAGAAGUUUGAAUGCAUAUUUGAAGGUUUAGCGAAGCAGAGCAACCCAACCCUUCUGAAUGAGAUCUAUACAGAGCUCUACAUCACAGAGGGGGGAAGUGGGGGGGUCAAUAAUGAACACGAGGUUAGACAGAUUGAGACAUCCAAGAGACAAACCACACAGGAGACUACAAUCCUCUGCAAUGACAUCUUUAAGCCUUUACCUGGACAAGAGAAACCCAGAACUGUGCUUACAAAGGGCAUCGCUGGCAUUGGGAAAACCGUCUCUGUGCAGAGGUUCAUUCUGGACUGGGCAGAAGGGAAAGCCAAUCAGGACGUUGAUUUCAUCUUCACUCUUCCUUUCCGAGAUCUGAAUUUGAAGAAGGAAAGAGCAUUCAGUCUGAUGCAACUUCUGCAGCACUACUUUCCACAACUGAAAGAGAUCAAAAGUGUUGAAGGUGAUGAAGUCAAAGUGGUGUUUAUCUUUGAUGGUCUGGAUGAGUGUCGACUUCCUCUACAUUUCCAAAGCAAUGAGAUCUGCUGUGAUAUAACAGAGUCAUCAUCAGUGGAUGUGCUGCUGACCAACCUCAUUAAAGGGAAUCUGCUUCCCUCUGCUCUCCUCUGGAUCACCUCCCGACCAGCAGCAGCCAAUCAGAUCCCUUCUGAGUGUGUCCACCAGGUGACAGAGGUACGAGGGUUCAAUGACCCACAGAAGGAGGAUUACUUCAGGAAGAGAAUCAGAGAUCAGAACCAGGCCAGUAGAAUUAUCUCACACAUAAAGUUAUCCAGGAGUCUCUACAUCAUGUGUCACAUACCAGUCUUCUGCUGGAUUUCUGCUACUGUUCUGGAGACAAUGUUAGUUAAAGUAGAGAGCGGUGAUCUGCCCAAAACUCUGACUGAAAUGUAUACACACUUUAUGCUCAUUCAAGCUAAUGUGAAGAAUCAGAAGUAUCAUGGCGCUGAUGAGACAGACCCAAAGAAGAUGUCAGCAUCAGAUACAGAAAUCAUCCUGAAACUGGGGCAGCUGUCUUUUCGACAGCUGGAAAAGGGCAAUCUGUUAUUCUAUGAAGAGGACUUGAGAAAGAGUAGCAUUGAUGUCAGUGAAGCUUCAGUGUACUCUGGGGUGUGCACAGAGAUCUUUAAAGAGGAGUGUGGGUUGUAUCAGGAGAAGGUGUACUGCUUUGUGCAUCUGAGCAUUCAGGAGUAUCUGGCUGCCUUGUUUGUAUUUCAUUCAUGUGUAAAUGAGAACAGAAAUGUACUCAGAGCAGAAGAAUCAAAACUUCACAGUGACAGAGUGCAGCUGUCUGAGUUACACAGGAGUGCAGUGGAUCAGGCCUUAGAGAGUAAGAAUGGACACCUGGACCUUUUCCUCCGAUUCCUUCUUGGCCUCUCUCUGGAGUCCAUUCAGUCUCUCUUAGGAAGACUACUGACACAGACUGGAAAUAGAUCAACUGUACCAGACCAACAGACACAGACAGGAAGCAGAUCACCUGUACCAGACCUACAGGCACAGACUGAAAGCAGAUCACAGUGCAUUGAGAAAACAGUCCAGUACAUUAAGGAGAUGAUCAGAGGGGAAUCUUCAGCAGAGAGGACCAUCAAUCUGUUCCACUGUCUCAGUGAAAUGAAUGACAACUGUCUAGUGGAGGAAAUCCAGAAUUCCCUGAGAUCAGGGAAACUUUCGGAUAAAGAGCUGGAACCAGACCAAUGUUCAGCUCUAGCCUUUGUAUUACUGAUGUCAGAGGAGGUCCUGGAUGAGCUAGACUUGAAGACCUACAACACAUCAGCAGCAGGUCAUCAGAGACUGCUACCAGUAGUCAGGAACUGCAGGAAGGCCAUACUGAACAGCUGUGACCUCACAGAGAAGUCCUGUGAUAUUGUGGCCUCAGCUCUCCAGUCUUCAAACUCACCCCUGACAGAUCUGGAACUCAGCUACAAUAACCUGGGAGAUUCAGGUGUGGAGCUGCUCUGUGCUGGACUGAUGAGUCCAAACUGUAAACUGCAGAGACUGGGACUGAACAGCUGCAACCUCACACGGAGGUCCUGUGAUAUUGUGGCCUCAGCUCUCCAGUCAUCAAACUCACCCCUGAGAGAUCUGGACCUCAGCUACAAUAACCUGGGAGAUUCAGGAGUGGAGCUGCUCUGUGCUGGACUGAUGAGUCCAAACUGUAAACUGCAGAGAUUGGGGUGAGUAGUGCUGUGUACU